AACUAUUGUGUAAUUUCCAAUUGGACUAUGAUGAGAAGAAUUGCUAUGUAUUGUCUCAUUUCUACUGGAGGUGUAGUAUCUUGUAGUGAAUUUCAGACUUUCUGUGACCCUAUUUCGACUCGAUCUCAGAAUCUUCCUUUGUUAGCCUCUCAAAAACCUUGGAAAACUGCUUCACAAAGUGUAAAAAGGUCGUUUUCCAGUUUCAGUGGAAAUAAUUCUGUUGGCUUUCUGUGUAAGAACUAUAGCCUUUCUUUCUGUGCAAAAUAGGCUCAAGGAAUAGUCUUUAUGCCACUGUGAACUGCAAAGAAGAAAUAAUUAUAUACUCAACCCUAGAGUUGGA